AUGCCAGCUGCUGCGGUGAAGCCUGCUCUGGACAUGGUUGCCGAGGGAGGGGGCGUAGGGGAGCGCGGUGUGUCCCAGUGGGAAGCCUCUGGGCUGGGCCGGCAGAGGCUGCCUCUGCCCUCCCUGAAGGUCCCCAGAGAGCUGCUGCGAAGCUUCCCCCACUCCAAACGGGUUGGAUCCUACCUGGUGGGGAAAAUGAUCAACAAGGGCUCAUUUGCCAAAGUGAUGGAGGGGCUGCAUAUCAGCACGGGGGAAAAGGUAGCCAUUAAGGUGAUAGACAAAAAAAAAGCACGGCAGGACUCCUAUGUACAGAAGAACAUGAAGAGGGAGCCUCGCAUUCAUCAGAUGGUGCGACACCCUCAUAUUGUAGUUCUGCUGGAGACGCUGGAGACUGAGAACAGUUACUACAUGGUUAUGGAGCUCUGUGCUGGAGGAGACCUGAUGGACAGGAUCUGUGAGAGGAAGAGGCUGGAGGAGCGGGAGGUGCGGCGCUACACCCGACAGAUCCUCUCUGCUGUGGAACACCUGCACAAACACGGCAUCGUGCACAGAGAUUUAAAGAUCGAAAACUUCCUUCUGGAUGAACACAACAAUAUAAAGAUUGUGGACUUUGGCCUGAGUAACACCCUGAAGACUGACUCUUUAUCUCUGGAGCUCCUCAGCACCCAGUGCGGAAGUCCAGCCUACGCCGCCCCGGAGCUCCUCGCUCACAGGAAGUAUGGACCCAAAGUGGAUGUGUGGUCUGUAGGCGUGAGCAUGUUUGCAAUGCUGACAGGAACUCUGCCCUUCACUGUUGAGCCGUUCAACAUCAAACAGCUGCACCAGAAGAUGGUCAACGGGGAGAUCAGCAGCAUCCCCGGUGACAUCAGCAAAGGUGCCGUGUCAUUUGUGUUGUCUCUCCUGGAGCCCGACCCAGCAAAGAGGCCCAGUGUUAGAGCUGCCAUGGAGGAGAGAUGGAUAAAUGAGGGCUAUUCCAAAAAAGCUCUGCACACUCUCUCUCAUAAAAACAGGUUGUCUCCAGAGGAUCUCAACUCGACCGUGCUAGAAUACAUGACAGAGACACUGGGAUAUUCCCUCUCUGAAAUCAUACACGUGGUCACAACCAACCGACCCUCGGCCCUCACGGCCUCCUAUCACCUGCUGCUCACUUUUAAGAAUGAACCAACCAAUGAAAAAAGCUUGAAGCAGCUGAGCAAACCUCUGAGGAACCAACAGGCGAGUGAGUUUAAGAGCAGCAGAAAGAGGACUGAGCACCUGCACAGACAGGGUGACGAGAAUCGGUCACCUUCUCCUUCUCUACCCCAGCUUCCUCACUCUGCCUCUCUGUCCUCACCCCCUCAUCUCCCCUCUCCUUCCCCUGCACCUCUGUCUGCAGAGGAGAGGCCUACUGAUGAGGAGACCUUAGAUGCCAGAGAGACACUGUUUGCAGAAGUGACUGUUUUUGGAGACAGGGAACUCGUCCACCUUUCUCCUCCUGAAAACUCCACAUCUCAACUCUGUGACUCCGCCCCUUGCCAAGUUCCCUUACCUGCGGAGCCAAUCAGAGAUAGUAGCACGUCAAGACCAGUCCGAAAUACGCACCUGCUCAGGACUACUCAGUCAGAUGGUGCUGCAGACCCCGGGUCAGACUGCUUCAAAGGCGCCCGACGCCAGGAAGAUUCUCAUCACCUGAGCAUCAACGAGCGACUGGAGAAGCUGCAGACGUUUUAUUCGUCCGAGAAGAACGCCACGUCUCCCAGGACGCUCCUGGACACUGACACGCGCACCACACACUCCUCAGACAGAGGCCACUUGGGUUCUGUUGAGGCGUCACAGACAUCGCCCUCUUCCCCCCUUCCACUCCUCAACAACGUGGCGCUUAAAGAUGGGCGGGGAAGGAAGAUGACAUGGGCAGGGCUGACCCGACCCGGGCCCCCGAGACUCCUCGUGAAUGGGUCUAAACCUCCUGCUUUCCCCUCACAAAGACAACAUACUCUGGUCUUCAAGAACCUCAGGCAGGAGAGGGGAAGGAGGAAAGAGCUGUCUGCAGCACGAGGAGAGAGAGUAGCAGGAGGGAUCAAUGGAGCCAAGAGGAACUCAAUUCAGUUGCGCUCGUCUCUGCAGCGCCGCGUGACAGACCUGAACCUUCCACUGCUUUCUGCAGGCCUGCAGGGGAAACCCGACAGGAAGAGUCAGCUACACAGCAUGGACUACUGACACAAAGAUGACAGGAUCUGAUAGUAUUUCAGGGACAGUAACUAAA